UGAUGUUGCCUGAAGGAGCUGGCAGCUUACACAGACUGUGCCUGCAGCUGGACAUAUGACAGAGUCACAUCAAAAUAAGAAUAUCAGCUGCUCCACCUCUGCUCUGUCCUUCAGUGUUUCUGGCCUUCUGUUUGCAGAGCUCCAACCUCUGAUGGCGCAAUCUGAUUUAACAUUUGAAAAGUCCCAGGAGGGCCAGGCGCAGCCCUCAGGAACAGCUGACUGUCAGCGUGCCAAAGCCUGCCUCCUUAAGGGAGUGUCCUAUUUUGCAGGAGACAUGAAGGUGUUUGGCAAAUGGAUGGAAAAGCAAUUCUUCCUGCUACAGCUUCUUGACUGGGUUUUGCGUGGAGCCUCCCAAGUGAUGUUCGUCAACAACCCUUUGAGUGGUCUCCUGAUUUUUGCGGGUCUCAUCCUGCAGAACUACUGGUGGGCUCUCAAUGGAUUCGUGGGAACCCUCUUUGCGACUAUCUCUGCGCUCAUUCUGCAGCAAGACAGGGGUGCAAUAGCCGCUGGGUUGUACGGUUACAAUGGCAUCCUGGUGGGCUUGCUGAUGGCAGUGUUUUCCAAUGCAGGAAACUGGUACUGGUGGCUCCUGCUGCCGAACAUCUUCCUGUCUAUGAUGUGCCCGAUUGUAUCCAGUGCCCUGGCAUCGAUCAACAGUCGCUGGGAUCUGCCAGUGUUCACGCUGCCCUUCAACAUCUUGGUGUGUCUUCACAUGGUUGCUACGGGCCACUACAACCACCACUUCCCCCAAGUGCUCAUUCAGCCUCGCACAGAGCUCCCUAACAUCACCUGGGAUGAGCUUGAUGUAGCCAAGCUGUUCAUGUCGAUUCCUGUGGGAAUUGGCCAGGUCUACGGCUGCGACAACCCUUGGACCGGAGGAAUCUUCAUCAUCUCGCUCUUCAUCUCCUCUCCCAUCACGUGUGUUCACGCUGUCAUGGGAUCUGCAGUGGGUAUGGUUUCAGGUCUGGCAUUAGCAGCUCCUUUUGGAGACAUUUACUUCGGUCUGUGGGGGUACAACUGUGUCCUUGCCUGUAUUGCAGUUGGAGGAAUGUUUUACGCCCUUACCUGGCAGGUACACUUGCUUGCCAUCACAUGCGCUUUUUUCUGUGCAUACCUCGGCUCAGCCAUCGCCAACAUCAUGUCCACGUUUGGUCUACCAGCAUGCACAUGGCCUUUCUGCCUGUCAGCCCUUACCUUCCUCCUCCUAACUACUGGGACCAACAAGAUUUUCAAGCUGCCACUCGCCAAAGUCACCUAUCCAGAGAAAAACCUGGCCUUCUACUGGAAGAUGAAGAAGGAUGAAAAGGCAGAGAAGACUAAGGCAAUGAGGAAGGAGCAGGAAGAACAAUUAAAAGCCAUUGAGAGAGACAUGAUACUAAAUGAGAAAGAAAAAACAAGGUUAGAGCUUGAAAGAAUGGAAGAGGGAAGAGUUGAAGGUCAAAUUCAGAGGUCAUGUGUCGAACAACGAGGACCUGCAGUGGAUGGGCUGGUUUCUGACGAGGAGAGGAGUCAAGAAGAGAAAGCUACAGAGGGGAUACAUGUUGAUUUGUUCUGAGGUGUCUUUAAAUAAAAAUAAUCUAUGUUUUUGCUUA